AUGGGAAUCCCCGCGAUCCUUUUCGUUUUUUUUCCAGCCGAGCUUAAUAUCUUAAUCAUCAAGCGUCUCAGAAAUAAGGACCUUCACAAUCUUUCGAGAUGCUCAAAACUCUGUUACCUGGUGUGUUUCCCGCGACGGUUCGACACGAGUACGAUUACUUUAACCGACGAAUCGAUCAGAUUGUUCCAAGACGGUGGUCUUUGUGAGCAGUAUAGGACUGCUAUUCGAUCCAUACAAUUCGACAAACCUAUCGCGGGAAAGGUGCUUCGUCCAUUAGGAACCGAUCAAGAGAUAUCCGAAGUGAUUACUCAACUUCGUAUCUGGACGGAUGCUCUUAACCUCUUUCCUCGAGUUCAAGAGCUUUAUGUGUCUUACAAAAUACCACCUGUAUUAGAGAAUAAUGUCUACACUGCGGCAAUGAGUGCAAUUGCCGCCCAGCCGUUCUACAAGGAUCUUCAGUGUCUAGAGUUUCAGGUCAACAAAGAUGCAGAAACCAGUGAUCCGCAACGAUAUGAAGACAUAUUUACAUUGCUGCUACCUGAAGACCAGUAUUUUUUGGGUGAAAAAAUCUCGGACAACGAGGUAGAUGCAUUGAUUAGGGCGAAGGUACCAGAACUAUCAUCUUUGACUACGGCGAGGAUUUCAGUCGACGGUAUUUGCACGCCUCUCAUCAGUUCGAAGACAACAUCUUGGAAAGGCUCAACUUUUUACUACAUUCCUCUCACAAGAGCGCCUAAUCUUGAGGACUUACGGGUUGAAACCUUGACAGUAUCGUCGAAGCCUCGCCCUAACGGCCCUAAGCCUAAUACCUUGAAAAACUACAAAGAAAGACUAUAUUCCGAUCCUGGUCAUCCCCACUGUUUCACCUCACUUACAAAGCUUCAAUAUACAGCCGACGGGAUCCCGAGCAAGAAUGAAAUCGACGCCCUUCCAGAAACAUUCCCAAACCUCGAAGUACUAGAGAUUUCACAGCUUGAAUCAUCCCGAAGAGAAGAUGGCAGUGAUAUCUCUUUAGAGGACGACCGAGAUGGUAUGCACAGAUACGAUGGUAUUGGUAAAUUAAAGCAUCUGGUCGACGUAACAAUGCCAUGGCCGGCAUACGAAGACGCCGGGUCUCUCGACCCUAGGUACCUUUCAGGAUGGAUUUAUAGAUGGAUAAGAGAUGGAGCACGGAAUUUAGAUGUAGUUGCUUUUGAAGGGACGAGGUAUGUAAUGGAACGACGAGACGAGAUUCGAGUUAUUUGUGAGGUUGGUGCGGCCGAGGUCGAGGUUGAUUUGAGGGGAGAUACGACUGUUUCUAGAUACGAAGACGUAGUGCCAGAGGAUUAUUAUUAG